ACGAGUUUUUGAUGUCGCCCAACUGUAUAUUUUGCAAAAUAAUAAACCGCGAGUCACCUGCAGACAUUCAAUUCGAAAACGAGGAAGUUAUAGUAUUUAAGGAUAUUAAACCGGCGGCAAAGCACCAUUUCUUAUCGGUGCCCAAAGAGCAUAUAGUAAACGUAAAUAGCCUUUCAACUAAGGACCAUAAAAACCUCCUUAACCGUUUAAUAGAACACGGCAAAAGGACAGUGGGGGACUCGGGAGGAGAUGUUCAAGAUUUACGCUUGGGUUUCCACUUGCCACCUUUCAACUCAGUAAGCCAUUUACAUCUGCAUGUGAUUUCUCCCGCAUCCCAGAUGUCCAUUCUCAGUAGGGUCAUUUUUAAGCCAAACACUUGGUGGUUUGCUUCGGUUGAACAGAUUGGGGAAAAGCUCGAUGUUUUACAAAUCAACAAUCAAGAAGGUAAAUUAUAAUUCGGCUUUGGUAAUGUGAAAAAAUGUAUUUGGUACUGGUAUAAAUAGGCUAUAAAUAAAUCUUCUGUAAUAAAAAUAGACCUUCAAGGAUUGUAAAACAUUAAUAAAAUAGUGGCAUUAUGGUUGAAUAACUAAUACUGAAAGAAUGGAAGAUAUGGAAAAAACCAACAAUACUAACCAAAUUAGCUAAAAUUACCAAUUGUUAAUUUUCAAUUAUGAGUAUAAUUAUUUGAUAAAUCUGGAUACACCAUGUGUUAUAAUGAACUUAUGUAUAAUUCCCUGUACCUUUAAAAGGAAUAAAUCAUCUAUCACAAA